AUGAACGAGCCACCAGAGGUAGAGGAACAAGACGAAUUCGAGCUCCAUUUCAAGGACUUAAAGUCGCGGAUGAAACUUAUAGCAUCUGCGGAUCCAGAUCAGUACCUUAGCGACCUAUCUUUGAGGAGAUACCUUAACGCGUUUGGAGACGCGGACAAAGCCUUUCAUGCUAUUCUGAAGACCAACAAAUGGCGAAGGGAAUAUGGCGUUAAAGACCUUACCAAGGAUCAUCCGGUUAUGAGAAGGUAUAUUGGGGAGAACAAGGCUAUCAUCUUGGACUAUCGAGACGGCUUGGGUCGUCCAGUCAUUUACAUACCAGCCAAAAAUUAUAACUCUUCCAGUCGAAAUUUGGACGAAAUGACGAAAUUUAUCGUAUACUGCCUGGAAGAAGCCUCAAAUAUGUGCGUAGAGGACUUUACAGAUGACAUAUGCCUCGUGUUUGAUCUGAGUGGGUUUAAUAUAAGUAGCAUUGACUACCAGUUGGUCAAAAACAUCAUAUGGCUGAUUAGCAAACAUUAUCCAGAACGAUUGGGCGUGUGUCUGAUACUAAAUGCUUCAUCUAUGUUUUCUGGUUGCUGGACCAUUAUCAAGGGCUGGUUGAAUAAGAAAACGACACAGAAGGUACACUUCAUUGAUAAUGAAGAACAGCUCAGCCGGUAUCUGCUGCCUGCUAUCAUACCAGAAGAAGUAUAA